UCCGCCCACCGUCCGUGUAUUUCCCGUGUGGAAGAGCCCGUGAAUCUCCCGAAAGCGAUUGUUGUCUUUCUUUCAUUCGCAGCAUUCACACCGCGUCGUGUUUUUACACGCAUUGGAGCUCUUCUUUUCUAAAGGGGUUUCCCAGUAAAACAACAUGAGUGAUUCUGGCAAGGACACUGUGGCUCAAAAAGAGAAAGAUGGAGCAGAGAAGAGAGGACGUGGAAGACCACGAAAAACCCCUCAGCAGGAACCAAGUGGAUCUCCAACACCGAAGAGACCCAGAGGAAGACCAAAGGGCAGCAAAAACAAGCCAAGUGGCGCUGUAAGCAAGAGCAAAAGAGCAGCGGCAGCUUCGGCACCUGCAGGGACGAAACGCCGUGGAAGACCCAAGAAAGUGGAGGAGGAGGAGCAGCCAUCUAAGUCCUCUGAGGAGGAGGAAGAGGAACAGUAAAUAGCAACUCACGCUACCUCACAAUCCAACGUUAUUUCUUCCUGUAGACCAGAGCUGGACUGAAUCCCUCCCCCUUACACUAGUGCAAACCCUCCUUCUCCAAUUCACCUGUACGCUCUAGUGCCCCCAAGUGUCAGGGAGCCCAGCACACUUCCUGCACCUUCUGUGUAACACCACUGGAAAAAAAAAAAAAGACUCAAAAUACUGUAUGUUCAUUCACGGAUGCAUGCAAACGUCUUGCACUCACUAGGUAAUUGGUUGAAAGCAUCUGUCAUUUUAUACUGGACAAAGAUAUGCUCCGAUGGCAACCUGACAUAAAAUGCUUGCGAAAUACUGAGAAUGUUUUUUUUUUUUUUCUCUGUACAAAAGUUCCAGGUGUCGGAAGAAUUCAAGUUCGUUAUUUUUACGAGAUCUUGCAGGCUGAGUGAAAUUCAUGUCAUUGUGUACUGGACAAAGGUGAAUUGACCUACUCGUUUGUUUUUACUUUGGUUGUGUGUGCGAUUUUUAACUCUGUCUCCAAAUAUACCUUUUAGCUACUCUGUGACUCGAGCUAGAAAUAAAAUUGUGUACUUUUGUGUGAUCAUAAUCUCUAGAGGACUUAACUCAUUGUAAUCAACAUAUUAUUAAAUGCUUUGUUUUGAUUUUCAUAUCACCCUCUGCUGACCAGUCACCAUGAAGAUUUCAAUAAUUCUUGAUACAUUUUGGUGGUGCGCAAAUGCUAUAUUUAUUUCCCCUUCAUUCUCGACACAAUCAGAUUUUGCCUAAUAGAUAUGCUAGGAAACCGUUUGCUUAUCUGGCCAUUUUUGGAAAUGUUGAAUUUGGCAACGACGUUCGCUUUUUAAUUUAGAGAUUGAAUUAUAGCAGAUUAAUCUUCAUUUUUAAAGGCACCACAAGUGAUUUUAGACACCAGCAAUGAUUUUUAAUUGUACAUCGGUCCCUAAUUUGAGAUCCGACAAACCAAGAUUUUUUUUUUUUUUUUUUUUUUUAAAUCAUUCCAUUUGCUCAAAUUCCUAUAACCUCCCAGCUACAUUACUCCUGUCCUCUUACAGUCCACUCAGACAGCUUUGAUUAUUUAGCUUUUUUUUUUUUUUUUUUUUGUUCUUGUUUGACGUGUUAAAUUCCAUGUCAGGGAACGCUGAUCUGUCCAGUGACUGGGUCUCCUCUCAGAACUUUGCUGCUACAAACAUGGUUAAUAAAACCCGGAAUACUGCAACCAGGUCAGUUCUACUCUGGACUUGACCGUCAUGUUCAUACCUCACUGUACAACAGCCUAUGAUGGAUUAACUCCUCUUCUUACCUGACGAUGUUCAACUGGUCUCAGUGCAGCCUUUGGCAAGAGUGUUUGUUUCUUUCCAAAUGCAGUGUCUGAUCCAUUCUCUUAGUGUGGUUUUCAGUUUGUCUUUAAGUUAUAACUGGUUUUGCUUACAGUGGUGUACACAUUAAUGAACAGAAACUCUUUGUUUUGCAUAUAUAUCCAUCUGGACAUGCCACAGGAAUUACUGCAUUUGAGUCAAAGGGAUUCAAAACAUGUUCACAGACUGUGGUAUAGAUAUAGGUUUUUAGUUUGUGUUUUGUAUACAUUACUCAUUUGGUGCACUGAAUUAAUUUCUUAAUUUGAUGUAUUAUGGACAAAAUGAUUUUGUCGCACCUAAAGGUUAGGGCUCCUCAUUUUGUAAUAAACUACAUCCUGCUAGUUGCUUAGCUCUGAGCCACCAUUUAAUAGAUUAUGGUACUUAAGUUUUUUUUUUUUUUUUUUAACAUGCCCCCUCAAUACUGAUGUCUUUUUAAUGUGCCCAUGCACAGAACUGGUUUGGGAUCAGUCUUUUCAAUGUAUGCACUCUGCAUUUUCUAUUGUAGACUGCAGGAAUUUAUUUUCAAAAUGGUAAUAAAGUAAAGGAUUCGUACAUAU